UCUGGCAGUGUUCGCCUGAUCUUCAUUGAUUUUAGCGUCGGUACUAUCUACAGACACAUUCUGCCCAGAGAACCGAGACCAAUAAGACUGUUCUCUCACAUGAAACGAGAGGUAUUGUCUCUUUGACUUCUGUAACAUAUUGGUUAAUUUAAGAUUACAGUCGUUUUUUCAUUUGUGUUUGUAUUUCGUAGCGGAUUAUGUACUCUUUCUAUGAGAGAUCUCUUCGAGUUGAUUAAUGCUUUUAUCCCGUGGAACUUCUUUGGCUGGAAUAAGUUCGUUUUCUCAAGAUUGUUUGUGUUAAGUGUUGACAGUAAAGUACGCGUAAAUGAUAUACAAUUCAUCUUUGUACACAUCAUCUUAGUUUAAAGUUUUUUUUUUUCAAAAGUUUAUGAAUAUAUAGUUAUGGUAUCGUAAAUCGGACUAUUGCACUAUUUGGAACAGUUAUUGAGAUAGAUGGAACGAUGGUUUUAGAAAUGUAAAAAAUGUGAUGAUAGUGUACUGCCGUAUAUCUGGUCAUUGUUAGAGAUGGUGUAUUGGUAUGAAAGUUUGUUUCUGUACAUCGUUUCCUUUCUGGUACAAACACAAGGUAUAGAUCCAUCAUCGGACGCUUGUCUAAACAUUGAAAGUGAUUACAAUCAACCUAAAGCGUGUGAGUGUGUCACUUUCCAAAGUUACGGACUAUCUACUGGCCAAUUUCAUUCUCCAGACUACCCGAUUCCGUACCAAAGAGGGAUUAACUGUAUCCUGUACAACUUUGUCGGUGACGUCAACGAAAUUGUUGAAAUCAAAUUUUUAGAUAUGGAUCUCAAAGGCCCAGUACCGAUUGGUCUUAGUCAAACACAAUGUAGGGAUUGGUUACGAAUUUACAAGAAUUUGGAUCGAGGGGAGAUAAAUGAGAACGUAAGACACCAAGAUGAACUAUGUGGAAGUCUAACAAGCUUAGAGGAUAAAAAAUUCUAUUCUAGCGGCCGCGCUCUAAUUAUGGAAUUCCAUACAGACACCGAGGAGUCGACAAGAAGAUUUACCGGGUUUAAAGGCCGUUUUACAUUUUUAGAUAAAAAUAGGAUAGAUAGGUGUGGCUCAUCUUUUGACCAUCAUGUUCCCGGUAGAUGUAACACAGGUGCUUUCAAAACAGACGGUAUAUUACGGUAUGGUACCCAGUGUACAUACGAUAUUCAGAACCGUACGAAAGGAAAGUUUUUCUCACCAAGAUAUCCUCAAAAAUAUCCGAAGUCAUCCGACUGUCAGUUUAUGUUCAUGGGGAAUGUCAAUGAACGUGUGAAAGUGCUUUUCAAACUUAUAAAUCUGCCUAAUCGCAGUUGUGGUGAAAAUGGAGAUAUGAUAAGAGUAUAUGAUGGCAGUGAUAAAUCUGCUAAAUUACUGCACACAUUUUGUGAUAAUACACAUAACCAAGAAACAUUCGAAUCCAGUGGACAAUACAUGUAUAUAGAAUUUCAUUCGGAUAGACACUACGAGGCACAAGGUUUUGCUGCUGAUUAUGAAUUCAUAGACACAAGGGAAGGUGGGUCUCCUGUACCUAGCGAUAGUAUGUAUACACAGCUUUUUCUCAAACAUUAAUUCUUAAAAAGUCAA